AUGAGUGUGGAGUGCACAGCCUGGCAUGGGGAGGAGGAAGCCUUGUGCUGGUACUGCUGGGAGAGUGGAGGUGGUGGAUUCUACCAUACCCUACAAAAGAGGAAUGAUUGGCUUGGCUUCUCCUCCCUGGCUACUGUGAAGGCAUCUAUAGGAGAUGGGUGUGAUGACCUCACUGCUCAUCUCCUUAUGGUGCAAAUAACUUGGGCAGUGACCCUUACAUCCAGCUCCUUACCACAGCAUACUAGUGAUGGGACUGGUGGCAGUGAGCACAUAAUGGCAGCCACUGCUUCAGUGUUAGGGUCACUUGACAGCAGACGGCUGUGUUCAUGCAGGAAAGCAGUGGAGCGGACUUUGGGAGAGGUAACGCGUCGGCAAGAGAGGAUGUCCACCUGUGGGUGCCUGCUAGUGACACGGACAGCCGCCGCCGAGCAGUCUUUGGCUAACCAGUUGGUGAUCCAACGGCCUGACUACAGCGAACCUCCAACUCCUGCACCAUCAGGGAGGGACUCUGGCGUCCCAUGGCCUAAACAGACCCUUCCCCCAUCACCACCACCACUGCUACCGUCGCCGUUACUGUCGCUGGGUGACUGCCUCGCAGCGCACCCCAGCGGCCUGGCGAACGCCUACCACCACCACCACCACCGCCGCCGUCGCCGUCCAGCGAGAGAUUCAGCUUCGCGUCGCACACAUUCUGCCACUCAAAACCUGCCGCCGCCGUCACCACCACCACCACCACCAGGAUUCUGCCACAGUGUAAUCAUAAAGAUUACACUGUGGAUUCUGCAUGGCAUCUUGACCCUGCACGGCCAUCACCUACUGGUACUCCUGGUGAUGGUGGCGGCGGCCAGAGAGGGAAGAGUUGCGGGUUGGCGUGGCAGUCAGUCUCGCUCGUUGUGGGUGGUGUAUGUAUUUGGACAGGUGUGGUGUUGUGGUGCCAUUUCUCCAUUGUAAUAAACUGUCUUCACUGCCCUUAUUGUGUCGUCACUGUACUAAGAGCUGCUGUGUCACUACUGAAUAAUAAAUUGUGAAGAAAUC